AUGGGGCUUGAGUCCAAAAGGGUCUUGCAAAUGCACAAUGAACUCAAUCAGAAGUAUUUCCUUGUCGGCUUCAAUCUCACUUACUACGUUCACACAGACAGAGAAAACGAAGUCCCCAAGGUUCCUCUGGCUAAAGGCAGGAAGGUUACGGUUGUGUCCGUCCCAAGUGCAAACCGCUGGCAGGACGUUGUGCUGGGAAGGAUGAAAUGGGCGACUUCCACCAUUGAAACGACGAUCCGUAAAGAGGCAGAUUAUCUGUUCAUGAUGGACAUAGACAGCGUCUUCCAUGCCCGGUUUGGAGCCGAGUCCCUCAGUCGUCUUUCAGCUGUCCUUCACCGGGGCUACUACAAGACGACACCGAGGGACAGUUUUCCUUACGAGCGUCGACCUGAGUCCAAAGCCUUUAUUCCUGCUGGGGAAGGAGACUACUACUACACUGCAGCGGUGUGGGGCGGAUACCUGGAGGACAUGCACAAGCUUGUCAAGUAAUCAUACAUUAACAUCUUCAACAGAAAAACCCUUCGCCUUUAAAAUCAUGUCUUUCCAGGCAGACAUGUUGACUCAGGUUUUGAGUUGCCAAGACUUAGGUCAAGUGAACUUUAUCUCGAGUGAUCAGGACUUAAAUUAGGAUAUGCAGGGUAAACACUGCAGCUCUGACAGCCAAUGCACAGCAUGUUUAUGCUUCAUUCUGAAAGGCUGAUUGAAAUGUUAACCAAUUUAUGGAGUACUUAUGACUCGUAACAACAAGCUCAUGUAAAUUGUACUGAUAGGUAUUUUUCAACAACCUACGUAAAAUGAACUACUUGUGUGAGUUUUUACCAAGCUGUCAUGAAAUCAUGUGCUGUUGAUAAGCCGCAGUAAUCCAUACCUGUUUAUUUCAACGUGGUCCUGAAUCUCUCCUACUCCGACCCAUGGAAACAGGCCUUGCAUAAGCUUUUCUCCACCGCCCCAAAUCCUGAAUUCCAGUGUCUGUAGUGAGGCCUCCCCAUUGUUUGACCUCUGGCAUAACUGCACACUUGGAGCGGGCGGCUGGACCGUGUUGUGCUUUCCUGAUGAAUGCAAUCGGGCUGAUUAGGGGGUCCAAAGCACAUAGUUCUCCCCAAUGUCUUGGCAAAAACAUAUAAGCUCCAUUUCCGCACAGGAAGUACCAGUCAGCCAUCACCGUAGUCUCCUGGUACUAUGGCGCUGCAACGAGCUCUCUCCUGUCGUCCUCUCGUCUGGCGUGCCAUGUUGAAUCUCCUGAAGCAAGUCGUGACAGUCUGGAUUGUCCUUCCAGACGCUGCAGCCUGUGGUUGACCCCUGACCUCUGCAGGCGAUCCAGUCGUUGAAUUCUGGCGUUGUCUCGCAGAAGGUGUCAACUGUGUUACACAGGUUCCAUGGGAUCAUUCCCAGUGCUCUAGUUCCGUUGUAAACGCAGUUCCUGAGAGACCCUGGUUUGGCUCCUGCUAAGGAAAUGGUCUCUGGUAUUUUUAUCACAGUCCAUGGAAACGGAAGUACGUCAGUCGCAAGUGAACAGUUCAUAGCUCCAAAAAGUCCUUUUGCGGCAGCUCCAGUUUGAAGUAGAACAGAAUAAUCCUUUUUGCACCACUUGCAUCCCUUCGGCGCUGGGAAGCUGCGCCGUGGGUGGGUGCUCAGGCCAUAGAGACACAUCUGCUUGUCAUCAGUGAUGUUCCCUGGUCGGAGACCUGAGUUGUGUGUGGCGUAUGGCAGCUGUGCACACACAUAGCAGUUCACCUCGUUCCCCUCAAAAGCGGUCCUGUUCAGCAGUCCACUGAAGUGAGGUCACUUCCCUCUCCUGAAUUUGUGCUCCAACACUCUCUGCAGCUUGCAGUGACUCAGAUGUAUCCAGCUGGGUCUUUCAGCGAUCUUUACAGAUGUGGUCAUCAGCACCUGGAACGGUCCUUCCCACCGUGGACUCGCCCAGUUCUUUCGUUUUUUGACUUUAAUGUAGACCCGGUCUCCUGGCUCGAUGGGAGCGGUCUCCUGCGAAGGAAGAGAAUCAGAAGGCAGUAAAUCUGCACUGGACACUUCCUUCUCUUUAAGAGUCCUGAUCAUAUAAUCUGUUAAUGUCUGUUCUUCAUCUGCUUUCUGUAAAUCUGGAGAGAACAGAGGUAAUCUGUAAGCUCUCCCAUGAAUUAUUUCAAAAGGUGUUAAACCAUCUACUGCGGAGUGAUUCUCAUGUAGUUUCACCAAGUCCAAACAAUCCGGUCAGGGCCGGCCAGAAGUUUCCAUGCAUUUCCUUAAUCCAAAUGUCUUUCCCAAGUGAGUAGCCAUGUUUUGUAUCACUUGGUUUACAAAAUGUGGCCCACUGUCCCUAAAAAUAGUUUGUUGGAUGCCGUGCGUUGGAAUAAUUGUUUUCCAUGUNAAUG